UGCCAGCUUGUUAAAAUCAUAUAGCAGUGUAUAUUUGAAACUGGCUAUGUAUUUACGUAGAUUGAAUAUUAAUUUCGUCGUUAUAUGAAUGAUCAAAAUAAUAUGUAUAAUAAAAAAGAAACUUUUUUAUAAAAACUAUAUAAUUUUAUUAUUCUUAUUGUAGAUAACAUGACUAUGAAAUUUGUGGAAAAUGUUCUCCAAUCAUCUUCAACACCAUCACCUAUGGUACCAACAACAAUGGUAUCAACAAUGGUACCAACAACUUCUGUUGCUACAAUUGUUACAUCAUCCAUUUCAACAAAUGUGACAACAACAAUUCCAAUAACUUCAACAACCAAUGCAUUACAUAAAUCUGGUGAUACCUCUUCAUCGCAAUUAAGAGAAAUAGAAACAAAUUGUUUAUUACCUGUACAAAGUGAAACCUUAAAGAAUGUGUCAUCAGAACCACCAAUGAUAUCAUUCACAACAACAAUUCCGACAAGUUCUACAUCACCUGAUACCUCAAUUAUUACCAACACUAAUAGACGAUCGAUACCUCCAAUUACAUCUCAAAUUUUAAAGGGUAAUAAUUACCAUAUAACUUCAAGUGAAAUGAAUUCAUUAGCAUCAUCAUUGAAAAAAGCAAGAAAGUAUGUAAUAAAAUAUUCAAAAUCAAAAGAUAUAGAGAAACAAAAAUUAACAGCAGAACUAGAAGGAAUUAAUAAUUUUAUCAUUUCAACACGAUCAAAAAUGUCUCAAUUACAGGCAACAUUAAUAAAUGACGAAUUAAAUAAUAUUAUGAAAAAACGACGAAAAAUUCAUCUGAAAAAUUCCAGUCAAACAGAGAAAGAAACUAUACCAACUGGUUGCUUCCUUAUUUUUCUGAUAACCAUAAUGUUAUUAAGAAUGAUUUUAGACAUUGCGUCCGGAGUUUUAGUCAGUCAAUAUAGAUUAAUACCUUUAACAAUGGUAAUUCUUGGAGUGAAUAUACUGGGAUUUGUAUUCACAGGUUUUAUAAUAGUAUCCACUCUUUCCGAAUCAAAACAAAGAAAGUUUGAAAUUAUUUUCUGUAUGAUAUGGACGAUGCUUUAUGGAGUUACUACAAUAAUGGUUACUGCACGUUUAUCUCAGGCUCCAAUAACAAUAAAAAUUUUCGGAUUUACAUCAAUGAUAACGUGCAUUAUACAGGGAUGUUUAAAAUUCUAUUUUAAUUAUAACAAUUCGAAAAGAACCAAAAGAAGAAGACAGUCAUGCAAUGACAUUAGUAUUAUAAAUAAACAUGAUACCUGGAAUAAAAAUGUUUCUACAAGUAAAUGUGAAUCAUCAAAUGAGAAUAGUGGAGACAAUAAAUUAUUAUCAAAUUCAGUUAUUGUACAAAGUCCUAACAAUCAUCUUGAUCCUAGAAUAAAUGCAAUUCAAAUUUUGGAGACUACGAUUAAUACUUUUCUCAUUGAGAUAAAUGGUAUAGAUUAUAGAAAUCAAACAAGAUUUAAUUCUGCUGAGAAUAUUAGUUACACAAAUCAACAGGGUGUUUCCAAUACCACAAAUUAUUCUACCUACAAUAGUAGUUACGAUUCUUUCUUUUGUUGCUAUUCUUCAUCUAAUCCAGAUUGUGAUUGCCUUCCCUUUUUAUAUUGUUACGGAAAUAAUGGAUGUUGUGAAUCCAAUGAUAAUGAUGUUGACUGCUGUGAUGGUGAUUGUUGUGAUUGUACAGGUUGUUGUGAGGGUCCUGAUGAUUGUUGUUGUGCUGAUUGUGGAGAUUUUUGUACUCCUGAUGGUGCAGAUUGUAAUGAAUGUUGUUUUUAAUCUGCACUCUCUUAAUUUGAUUAAUGUAAUCAAUGUAAGGGAAAAUUGUUAAUUAACUAAGCUUUUAAAUAAGUAUUUUACGCAAAGUAUUUUUGUAUACAAAAGUUAAGCUUAAAAAAUAUAUUUGUAUAAUUUUUUGA